UUCUCUUUUAUAAUCCUGUUAUAUUUUUACUUCAUUUUUCAUCUCUCAUCGCUGGAUAAACUGGAAGAACUUGAUUAAUAAGGUUUAUACAAGAAAUAGUAUACGAUGACCUUCAAAUCCUUACAAGAACUUAGUAAUAAGUUUAUCAAAACUACAUCUUACAGCAAUGGUAUAGAAAGGUAUCAUAGCGGACCAAGCGACGGAUAUGCUGAACAUGGAUCUAACUGGCAUGGAAGUUCAAAGGGAGGAGGAAAAGGACAUGGAACAGCUCUCAAUGCAUUGACGUUACUUGCGUUCUUAUUUCUUCUUAAUAUUAUGCAGCAAUCAUUGCAAGAUACCAAUACUACGACGACAACUGCGACAGCCGUAAUUUUACGUGACGAGGAACAAUCAAUAGUCUUAGAAGCAAGGAAAAUAAAUAAAAAUAUUGAAAACCCGGAAAUAUACGAACGAGAUUGGAGGAAACAGAACAUUAGUAAAGGAAAAUAUUUGGGACGGAAAUUAUAGCGUAAAAAAUAAUAAAUAGAAUUGAUAAGUUAAAUAUAGUA